CUUGUUGUGAACAGUCUGGGGAAGGAUCUCGGAAGAUGAGAGGAAAUGCAUAUAUGGACUAUAAAAUCCCACUGAGAGUUCAAAAUCUUCUGCGUGCAAGUACGGAUAAUACUCACGCAUGUGGGUCAACAAAGGUCAACAACCGGAGCGACUAAACAUUCAGAAAGGGGCGGCGAGGGCAAGUGCGAUCGAGGUAAAGGAGGACUGAAAUCAACGUGACUUUUAAAGCGCCCAUGUACGCGAAGGUGUCGCCGGCUCUUUUUCCCGCGGAGAGCACCCGCCCGCUCGCACACCGCCCGCACACCGCGCCGAGUGGACCGUGAGAGCGCACCUUUCCAAAGAUGAACAUCCAAGUUGUGCCCGAGAACAAGCUCUCGUCGGUGGCCCCGCUCAAACAAUGCAAUGUGGAAAAAAAGGAGGUCGAGCUCUUGUUGGUCAAGGACCAGAAUGGCGUGCAGUACACCAGCUCGUCCAUCGUUCCCGCGCCCAGCCGAUACAUGGGGCCGCCCGGGUCCAACUCCGAGGAGGAGCGGGAGUUGUGGGGCAAGAAAAUUGACUUUCUGCUCUCAGUCAUUGGCUUUGCCGUCGACUUGGCGAAUGUUUGGAGAUUCCCUUACCUGUGCUACAAAAAUGGCGGGGGAGCUUUUUUGAUCCCCUACAUUCUUUUCUUGGUCAUCGCGGGGAUGCCAUUGUUCUACAUGGAACUGGCUCUGGGCCAGUACACUAGGGAGGGGGCGGCCACCGUGUGGAAGAUCUGCCCCAUCUUUAAAGGCGUUGGCUACACAGUGAUCGUCAUCGCCCUUUACGUGGGCUUCUACUACAAUGUCAUCAUCGCCUGGUCACUCCACUACCUGUUCUCCUCCAUGACCCGCGAGCUGCCGUGGCUGAAAUGUGACAACCCCUGGAACAGCCCCAACUGCACCAACCCCCAGGCCAUCAAUGGCUCGGUCUUGGGCAAUGGUACCUCGUACGCCAAGUACAAGAUCACCCCAGCAGCAGAGUAUUACGAACGCGGCGUGCUGCACCUCCACGAGAGCAGAGGCAUCGAGGACCUGGGCCUCCCCCGCUUGGAGCUGUCGUUGUGCCUGGUGGUGGUGGUUUUCAUCCUCUACUUCAGCCUGUGGAAAGGCGUCAAGUCCUCAGGGAAGGUGGUGUACAUCACAGCCACCAUGCCCUACGUGGUCCUCUUUGUGCUGCUCAUUCGAGGAAUCACGCUGCCGGGGUCCAUGGAUGGCAUCCGGGCCUACCUGCACAUCGACUUUAAGAGGCUCAACAAUCUGGAGGUGUGGAUCGAUGCAGCCACGCAGAUAUUUUACUCCCUUGGAGCAGGAUUCGGGGUGCUCAUUGCCUUUGCUAGCUACAACAAAUUUGACAAUAACUGUUACAGGGAUGCUCUGUUGACCAGCACUGUGAACUGCGUCACCAGUUUCUUCUCAGGGUUUGCCAUCUUCUCCGUGCUGGGCUACAUGGCUUACAAACACGGAGUGAAAAUAGAAGACGUGGCGACUGAGGGGGCAGGAUUGGUAUUCAUCAUCUACCCGGAGGCCAUUUCUACCCUCCCGGGUUCCACGUUUUGGGCUAUUGUGUUCUUCAUCAUGCUGCUAACGCUCGGCAUUGACAGUUCGAUGGGCGGCAUGGAGGCCGUCAUCACAGGCCUGACAGACGACUUCAAGAUUCUCAAGAGGAACAGGAAGCUUUUCACCUUCGCCACAGCCUUUGGCACCUUCCUGUUCGCGCUGCUCUGUGUGACGAAUGGGGGAAUCUACGUGCUGACUCUGUUGGACAAGUACGCCGCCGGGACAUCCAUUCUUUUCGCCGUGCUGAUUGAGGCCAUCGGCGUGUCGUGGUUUUAUGGCGUGGACCGCUUCAGUGAAGAUAUUGAGCGGAUGAUGGGCUUCAAGCCAGGACUUUACUGGAGACUGUGCUGGAAGUUUGUCAGCCCUGCUUUUCUUUUGUUUGUGGUGGUCGCCAGCACGGUGACCUCUUCGGGCCUCAAGUACGACGAUUACGUCUUCCCCCAUUGGUCCAACGUCUUGGGAUGGGGCGUGGCCAUGUCGUCGAUGCUGUUUGUACCCGUCUACGCCGUGUACAAGUUCUGCAGCGUCCCUGGAACCUUCAGAGAGAAAAUAGCCUAUUGCAUCACUCCUGAACACGAGCAUCACUUAGUGGCCGAGGGAAACAUACGGCAGUUUAAACUCAGGCACUGGUUGGCUAUCUGAUGAAUACUCCCAAGAAUCUUUCAGCAAUUAUCGCCAUUCCCAAGACAUGACGGGUUUUUUUUAUUUUUUUAAACCCUGUUGCAUCACUCUUGUUACUUAGCAAGGCUUUUUUGGGGGGGCAAGUACUUGAUAUCAAAUUAGUCCGCAAGUCGUUUCACAUCAUUAGAUACAUGUACCAGUAGACGAUGUUUCGUAUUUGCAUUCAUUUGACUUCAGCAACGUCGACUGUUAUCUCCCGCAAGGCACUGAAUCAAAACCAAAAGUUGACACGCGACAGACUUAUUUGUUACCUUUUUUGGCCUUAUGAAUGUUAUUGUUGUUCUUAUUUAAAUGAUCAUAUUUGCUAGAUUGUUUGUUUGUUUGUUUUGGCUUAUCUGUGCCUUAAUCGAGCGAGACACUCCGUUUAUUUUCUGUAGUACUUUUCGGGGAGCGG